CUCGGAUGUACUUGUCCUUGUUAACUCCAGCCUCGUGCGUACGCGUUUACGCGCCUUCGUGCGUACGCCUCACUGCGCGCCUUCUUUCACCGCCUCUCCGCGCCUUCUUUCUACGCAUCUACACGCCUUCUUUCAGCGCCCCACUGCGCCUUCUUUCUACGCCUCUACACGCCUCCUUUCUACGCGUUUACGCGCCUCGUAUCUACACGCCUGCGCGCCUCCUUUCUACGCCUCUACACCCCUCCUUUCUACGCCUCUACGCGCCUUCUUUCUACGCCUCACUGCGCGCCUCUGUCACCGCCCCGCCUGACUGCGCGACAUGACGCGAUCCCGUCUCCCAGGUCUCGGCGGACGCGAUCCCGUCUCCUCAUGGGCCUCGAUCGACGCGCCUUAGGGUCCUUCAGCCGAUGCACGCUCCUCCUUUAACCCGACGUUCUCAUACCCAGCGC